CCUCCGUCUGCACACCUCUGCACCCUUCAACACUCCUCUGCGCUCCUCUGCGCUCCUGUGCGCCUCGUGCAUAUAUGACCUUAUCUCUAUGGCGAAGACCCCAGUAGUGUGUCUGCGGUGUGUUGUGUGAUUUCUCCUGGUCUGGGGCGAGCAGUGUGCACAGAGAGAACGGGACUCUGGAUGAUGGUCGAGGCGAAACAAACGGUCCUCAUUUAAUAGCUUCAUAAAACACAAAGAAGAAGUGUCAGUGACAGAGGCUGGAGGGCUGACACAGCUCGGGGGGCUGUCACAAAAGGAAAGAAACGCUCGUGGCCCCUCUGCUGGUGAACAUCGAUAUCUGAGCUGUCCGUGGAUUAACUCCUCUCCGGCUCUUCAGCAUGGCACUCCCCUCCGACGCGAUUGUCUUCAACAAGCCCAAAGUUGAACUUCACGUACACCUCGAUGGAGCUAUCAGAGUCCAGACCAUUCUCGAUGUCGCCAAGAGGCGCGGCAUCACUCUUCCAGCGGACACAUUGGAGGAGAUGACAAAGAGAAUAAUCGUUCACAAACCUGGAAGUCUCACCGAGUUUCUGGGACGAUUCGCAGAGUACAUGCACGUCAUCGCAGGUGACCGGGACGCCAUUAAGAGGGUGGCCUAUGAGUUUGUGGAGGAUAAAGCCAAAGAGGGUGUGGUGUACGUGGAGGUCCGGUACAGUCCACACUUCCUGGCCAAUACUCAGGUCGACCCCCUCCCCUGGAACCAGACAGAGGGUGACCUGAGCCCGGAGGAGGUGGUGCGUCUGGUGAACCAGGGCCUGCGUGAAGGGGAGAGUGCAUUCAGAACCAAAGCCAGGUCCAUUCUAUGCUGCAUGCGUCACAUGCCAAGCUGGUCCAUGGAUGUGGUGGAGCUGUGUAAGAAGUACCGCGAUGAUGGAGUGGUGGCCAUUGACCUGGCAGGGGAUGAAUCGCUCAACUGCGAGGCAUAUCCCGGACACAAGAACGCUUAUGAGGAGGCGGUGCGCUGUGGCAUCCAUCGGACCGUCCACGCUGGUGAGGUGGGCCCGCCCUCUGUGGUCCAGGAGGCUGUGGAGGUGCUGAAAGCAGAGAGAGUGGGACAUGGGUACAGAACGCUGGAGGACCCGAGUCUGUACAGGCGUCUACUGAACCAAAACAUGCACUUUGAGAUGUGUCUGAUCUCGAGUAAAUUCACAGGUGCCUGCUGCCCAGACUUCACAAAGCACCCCAUCAUCACUUUCAAGGAGGACAAAGCAAACUUCUCCCUGAACACAGACGACCCUCUGAUCUUUAACGCCAGUCUCCAUGACGACUACUGGACCGCGAUGGAGUACAUGGGCUUCACCGAGCAGGACUUCAAACGCCUGAAUAUCUGUGCAGCCCAGUCGUGCUUCCUGCCCAAGGACGAGAAGAAGGAGCUGGUCCAGUCUCUGCAUGAGGCCUAUGGGAUGAUCCAGAGCACUGCCUUUUAAAACCAAAACAUUUUCAACAGUAUAAACCAACAGGGAUUUCAACCAAAGAAUUAACAGCCAAUGUCUAUCUCCUCUUUUCAGUCAGACAAAACCUUUAGAACAUAAUACGCUUUGCAUUGAGAAACACAGAGCCCUCCACUGAAUUUGGUCCCCAAAUAAAAUUUUAAAAACGAGAAUAAACUGGAGGCUAAACCAGGACUAGAUCAGGGUGUAGACUUGGUUUAGUCCUGUUCUGGUCCAGGUUUAGUUCUGUUUUUAGUUCUAUUCAACUAAUGUGGCCACAAUCAAAACUAGAACUAGAUUUUUUAUUUUUUAUUUUUUUUGCUAUAGAACAUCCCUGGAUGAUAGAGAGAUUACAGACAUAUUUUUUUUUACUUUCUACCUUCUGGGGUCAUAUUUGUGUCAGUAUAAACGGAGGACACUGCGUUCACUCUUUACAAAUCAAUGCUGGUCCGCACACAGCUGUCAGGGCUGCUCUUUAUUGGCUUAGAGACUUUCCUUUCAGCUUUACUCAUUUACUAUUACACUCCCAUUGUUCUGAGUGAGACCAGUGACCAGAUGAACCAAGACUAAACCAGGACUGAACUAGGACAGAAUUGGGACCGAACUUGGACUGACCCCAGGCUUAACCAGAACUCAAUCAAGACUAAAUUAACAUUUAAAACAGGACUCAAUUAGGGACUUUAAAACAAUAACUAUUACAACCAACUCAGGACUCAACCAGAGAUAAACUAAGACGAAACCAAUACUGAUCCAGGACUAAAGCAGGGCUAAACCAGAACUGAACCCGGACUAAACAAGGGCAGAAAGCAGCACUAAACUAGAGCUAAACCGGAACUAAACCAGGACUGAACCAGGACUAAAGCAGGGCAAAAGAAGCACUAAACUAGGACUAAACCAUUACUAUACCAGGGGUAAACCAGGAACUAAACCAGGGUGAAAUCAGGACAAAACUAGUUCUAAAUUAGACUAAACCAGGACAACAACUACUAAACUUAGAACUAAACCAGAACCUAAUAAAAAGAUUCAAAACGCGACUAAACCCGCGACUAAACCAGGACUAAACCAGGACUAAACCAGGACUAAACCAGGACUAAACCAGGACUAAACCAGGACUAAACACAAUGCUGUGAAGACUAGAGCAGGGCUAAAUCCAUCUCACGUUUUGUUGUCAGUAUUUUCUACUUUUGUAUCAAGUUUACACAAUAUUUAAGAGGUGCAACAGCAGCUGAAACGAGCAGGUUUCAGUUGAUUAAGCUCAUAUUCAGAUACAUCUUCAAACCUCAUUCACUCAUUGUCAUUCGUGUUUACACCCAGGGAUCAGGGAGGCCUCUCCAACUAUAAUCAGUCAAAGUCAGUGGUUGACUGACGAGUGUGAUUCAAGAGCCAACUUCAGCUAAUACUUACCAACUGCAACAAAAAUAUGACUUUAUAAAUAUGGAAGGCUCUUUACCUCAGGCAUUGUUUGGUAAAGCGGCUAAAUAAGACAGAUCUCUGUUCUUUUUACAUAGCAUUUUUGUCCCAUCAGCUGUGGUGGAGGAAGUAUUCAGUUUUGUUGGUAUUUGUUGGUGUGUUGGUGCAAACUGCAUUGAAAGUCACGGGUCUCUUUGAGACCCUGAGAACUAAACUGUAACAACCAAACCAUGGUUAAAGAAAAUGUAAAGAUUGUUUUUGCUUCUUGUAAAGCCAUUCAAGACCAACAAAUUAAUAUAUGAUUUGUAUAUUUAUUUUUGGAAAUAAGACAUUUCGAUGCUCAUCCAAGGUAUCUUGGAUGCUUCUUCAGUUCUGGUCACAUUACUGGUGCCUGCCUUAUAUCUAUCUGAAGUUAGGAGCUAACUUUACUACGUGAACGUCAUCACCACAAAGAGCCCUGUAGUUGUCGGCCUCUCCUACAGAUAGCUGCACAUCGCACUAGCGAGUAGCUGAUUUUUUUCCCCCCAUUUGUACCAAAUGACUACACAACGCUGCCGAAUCCUACAUGUAUCACCGAUUACGAAAGUAAAGUACACCACAGGGGCGUAUGCUGGUGGUGCUGCAAACGGGGCUUGAUCGGCAAAGUUGCUUCUUGAAAAUAAGCGAUUAAAAAUCGCUCAAACCUUCACGAAUCACUCCAAAUACAACUCCAAUAGGAUGAAUGGUGGAGGGAAACUACUAUAACAUGGUUAUAUGCCCUAAAAAGUUGAUUUUGCAGAAUAGGUCUGUUUUUCAGUGAAGUACAGAUACCUAAUUUUUUUUUAUUUAAGUACAAUGCUUUACUACUUUUACUUCAUAUUGUUGCUCAAGAUUUUCUCAGACACUUGAUCCUUUUUCGUGGUGCACUUUCAAGAAAGACAAAAUAAAUAUAAGUAGAGAUUGGAGAACUACAUGGAAAGGCCUGGAUGACCCUGUCUCAGACAGUUGUCUCUGUGUCAUGGGGCAUUAUCACAGUGGCACAAAGGACUAAGUUCAAACUAAAACAUGUUCCUGACUCAUGGUUUGAAAUCAGGCACCGGCCCUUUUAAAUAAGGUUUGACCCUAUUGUGACAUGAAAAUGCAGCACUGUCUCACAUGUGAAUAAGGCUCCUCACCCACUGAAAAUGGUCCCCUCCAUCAACCUGAGAACCUUAGGUGUAAACAUGUGAAAUUUAUGAUAAUGCAUCUUUAACUAAACCUUAAUUUUGUCUCUAGGUGGCACUGUAGUCACCACCAUUCUCCAUUGUCAUGUUCUUACAUGUAUUUUGAUGGAGCGCUUCAUUUGUAUAAGGACACCUUGAACAAUAAAACACUUUGUAAACUUUGUU